GUUGAGGGUGGUAAAGUGUAAAAGAUGAAACCCCCUCCCUACCCUACCCUUGUUCUUUUUGGCAGUUCUCGAGUCCUCCAAAUUGCUAACUUGCAGUAUAUGCCAACCUUGUAGACAUCCGCCCCUGCCAUUAAUUAAUUAAUUAAAUAAUCAAUCAAAUUAAAAGCGAAGAGAGAGAGACGAAAAGAAAGGAAUUGAAGUAGCAGAAGAGGAGAGGAGAGAAGAGAAGAGGAUGUCGAUGAGGAUAAAGGCGGUGGUGGAUAAAUUUGUAGAGGAAUUGAAAGAGGCGUUGGAUGCAGAUAUACAAGACAGAAUUAUGAAAGAAAGAGAGAUGCAGAGUUAUAUCGAAGAACGCGAACGUGAAGUCGCUGAACGCGAGGCCGCCUGGAAAGCCGAACUCUCUCGUCGCGAGGCAGAAAUUGCUAGACAAGAAGCAAGACUGAAAAUGGAAAGAGAAAACCUUGAGAAAGAGAAGAGUGUGCUCAUGGGAACUGCGUCCAACCAAGAUAAUCAAGACGGGGCCCUUGAAAUUACCGUAAGCGGUGAGAAGUACCGAUGUCUCAGGUUCUCAAAGGCCAAAAAAUGACCAUAGGGAAAAUUUAAUGUAUGUUGGCUCAUUGGUCAUUUGUAUGUAGAAAUUUGAUUGGUUGAACCAACUCAUCACUGACGUGAAAGAUUCUUUAUUCACAUUUAAUAUGCUAAUGGGGUUCUCGUUGGAACAUGUGAAAGUCCAAAACAUGGGGGAAGUAAUCCAAGGAUUCUUCAUAUAUUGUUUUGCAUAUGAUAAUGGAUUGGGGUUCUAUAUUUGCAGGGUUUCAUAUGUAUGCAUCUUGAUUCGUAUUGUUGGUCAUUGCAUUUUUUUCGUUGUCGAUAGGGUACAUUGUAAAGAGCUGAUUAAUUUUAUUUGCUGGGGUUCUUAGGUAUCAUCUUUUUGUUAUUUCAUCAAACAUUCGGUUUCACUGUUAUUGUCAUUAUAGAUCUUGAUUCUACUAUGUAGUUUACGAGGAACUGCUGCAACACAAUGCAAAUCCCCACAACCCUCAAUUACAAAGCAAUAUAAA